AUGGCCGCUUCACGUUCGGUAUCAGCAUCAUAUCCCCCUCCCGUUCUCCUCGGUACAACUCCAGACCUCACAGAUAAGCCUCUCGCAGCCCAGAGACGGCGGCCGUCCAGGGUUCCUGGUGGGUUUGAUACAGACGAUGAGCUCUCGCCGAUGAAAAUGGAGUUUGACGACGAGGCCAGGACGCAGCAGGAUGGGAGGCAAGGAGAGCAGCGUGGGGAUCAAGAAUUUGAAGAACAGUACCCGCCGCCAUGGGAUGAAGAUGAGAAGAAUCAGUCGAGCAGCCUGUUGACGAUGACUGGGGGUGCAAAUACCCAUGCCGAUAAUACUAAUGACAACGGCAAAAAUGACCAUAGCCCGCUUUUACUUAGCUUCAAGGAUCCACCCCUGCCGUUGUCACCGCGUCAACACCCGCAGCAUGAAGAGCCGAUGUCUUCACCAUCGCCUGUUCUGGCCAUCGACGAUUAUUCUUCCUCUACGAUUCCUCUUCCUAGCAUUGACUUCAACGAUUCCAGAGGCCUUUUGCUCACUUCCUCUAUCCCCUACCCUGAAUAUAAUGACACCAUGGACAACUCGACCAGUACUAACGACCAUAACGACGACCAUGACCACGAGUACGAGCCUAAAGAGAGCAAGCAUAAGAAUCUAGAGCAUGGGCGGGAAAAUGAGAUUGUAGAUGACCAUGACCACGACCACGACCACGACCACGGAAACGAAAACGAAAAUGAAAAUGAACAUGAAAACUCCAAUGAAAACUACAAUGAUCAGACACUACCAAACCAAACCGCUCUCGACGAGAAAGAAAUGCGCCAGAAACUACUGGACAUAGAAUCCAGCUUUCUCCCUGAACCCUCCACAAUUGAUGUCGCUGCUACACCCGGCGUACCUGCGCCGGACGAUACAUACUUGAUUGGCGUGGGCGAUAGGGAUGUGUCGCAGGUCGACGAGGGUGACAGUCGAGAAACUCCCCCUUCCCCUACUACACCGCCCGGCGCAUACAAAACCCCGGCAGCUCGCCGCGCUACCAGAUUAGAACCCUCUUUGUUCGAGGACGAAGGGGAUUCAGAUGAGAAGAGGGGGAGCGAGCACAGCCAUGACAAUGAUAAUUAUGAGGACUUGGAUUUGACUCCUUCUGCAAAAGGGAAUGAUACUCUCAAUACUUCAUCGUUAGAUACCGUAUCAUCCUCACCAACCGCAGCUGCGGCGGCGAGAACCGUCUCGAGGGCUAUAUCUACAGCUAUGUCGAACUCUAGUCUACGGAGCAGUGCAUCCCAUCGCCGUCAACAUAGUGAACGGGACGAUUCACAACUAUCUAGUACAGACGAUGAUAAUGUAAAUGCUACCCCGCGCCGCUCUACGCGGAACAUUUCCCCAACCCGUGCCGCCUCGCGGCAACUGCAAGAUACUACGGGAGUAAGCGGUAGUGAGGGAGAUACGCCACACGAUUCCGGCUCGGCUUCGGAGCGCAGACGCAAACGACCCAAAUUCUUGACGAGUCGACAGUCCGUUCACCGGUUCUCAAGUUCUUCCACUGCCACUAUCGGCACGGAUACUGCGUCUAGCGAAGCUGCGAUGGGGGUCGAUUUUGCAAUCCAGUCCGGCGGGGCAGCGCCAGCGAAUCACAGCGGCCAGCGGUCACACAGUCACGGUAGACAGAAGAAGGAGCUGUCCAGGUCGAUAAGCCUUGGAAGUAUGGCGUCUGGCGUAUCGGGCAUGAGUGAUGAUAACUUGAUGGAACAGCGGAGAGGGUUCAGUGGUGUUUCAGACGUCAGUCUACAUACGUUGGAUGAAGAAGAUUCUACCUCACAGACCCGCCCGGGGUCAUCAGGGAAGAAAUCCGUGACGGAUCCCAUGACUCCCAAAGCUCAACCGCGCGAUCAACCACCACUAGAAACCGCGAUAGUAGGCCACAUCAAGGACAUCCUGAUACCAGCCACUCUCGCCCGUCAAUUCCGAGAAAGUACUCUUGGCAUAUCCCCAGACAAGCGUGGAGGUGCCCCAACCCCCGCGUUUGGGCGCAGCGGUAAGUCACUGACACUCAAGGAACAGAGCAGCACCAUAGAUAGGCUGUCGAAAGAGAAUUUUGACCUCAAGAUGCGUAUUCACUUCCUCAACGAGGCGCUGAAUAAACGCUCUGAAGAGGGUGUGAAAGAAAUGAUCUCUGAAAACGUGGAGCUGAAGUCCGAUAAAAUCAAACUACAGAAGGAUAAUCAGGCGCUUCGGAGGAAUAUUCGUGAUUUAGAGAAGCAGCUUCGCGAUCGCAAGGGCGGGGAGAGUGAUGGGGACCGGGAAAAGUCCGAGAGAGAAGAUGGGGCGGAUGCUGAGGAUGAGGAUGGGCAGGGUCAGGGGCAUGGCGGUGUGGAUGAGGAAGAGCUGACAUAUCUGCGCGAAAGGAUUGAGACGUAUGAGGUGGAGAUUGAAAGAUUGAGGUCGGAAAGUAUUUCGCGGGAGAGUGAGAAGAGGCGGUUGGCUGAGAUGGUAAAGUUGUUGGGAGAGGGGAGAGUAGCUAUUGGCUCUGAUGCGGGGGCAAGGGAGGAGAGGGAUAUGUGGAAGGACAUGCUUGACGCAGAAGCCGCAGCCCGAGAACAGGCGGAAGAGGAAAACAGAAAGCUUCGGGAUGAGCUUCUGCGCAUGAAGCCAGAUACAAUCUCUGGUAGCCGAUCUGGAGCGCCUCAAGACCGGGACAUUGACCGGAGUGCUGCUCUUGGCACUACUUCCAGCACCACCCUCGUCGAAUUAGAGCUUCUUAAGCAAGAAAAUGCCGAGCUUCGCCGCGAAGUCAGUGCACAGACCUCCAUGCUAACGUCUAGGAAUCGGGAAAAGGAGAGACUUUACCAGGAAAUCGAAGACUUGAAAUUGGGCCAGCGGAGAGGAGACGGUGGCCGGUCUGUUGCCGGCGAUAGUAUUUUUGAGCGUUCAAUAUCCCGCGCCCAGGAUAGGUCCAAUUCUCGUACAAGCGACGGGACGAGAUCUCGCACCAGCGAUGCAGAACGCGAAAGCCUUGAGAUCAAAAAUGGGGAACUCCGCGAUCAUGUGUCAGCGCUUAAGCUUGAGAAUCAAAGUAUUCGCGCUCAACUUGACGAAUGCAUGAGCGAUCUGGAGGCGUUGGACCGUGCAUACCAAGCUGAUGUGGAACAGGCUGAGGAAGACUUGCAAACUAUACAAAUGGAACGGGAUCAGGCGAUGCAGAUUGCUGAUGAGCGGGAGGAAGCCUUGCAGGAUCUUAAAGCAGAGGCGCAGGAAGAACUGGAUGCCAUGGGCGAUGAGCUGGAUCAGAAGAUUGACGAAUGUCAGCGCAUGGAGGCUGAAUUGUCUAAUCAACAUGAGAAUCUCAAGGCCUUGCAGGCAGAAAUGCGGUCAGCAAGCGAGGGCAUUAUCAGACUCGAACAAGAUGCACAAAACAACUUACAGAAAUACAAAGCUGUACAGCAGGAGUUGGAUGAUGCGAAUCGGGAGCUGGAGCAGAUGGAGAAGAGUCUCUUUGAAGCUAAUAAUAAAGUGCAGCGGUUGACUGUUCAGCAGGAAUCUAGUCAGAAUGAGAUUGCGUUCCUCCGUGAGGAGCAAGAUGGCGAUAAGAUUAAGAUCGGGGAUUUGGAGUCUGAGUUGAAGACGUGUCAGAUGAGUCUACAAAUUGAGAAGGAUAGAGCUAAAGAGCUUGAUCGUCGCCUUGCGGAGGAAAGACACCAGCGGGAAGUUGUUGGGGGUAAGGAGAAGCAGGAGGUUCAACGAAUUAUGAAUGAGCUUAACCGCGAGGCCACUACUGCCAAGGAUGAGGUCCGUAAGCUGAAGAAGACUCUCUCUUCAAGGGAUAUCGAGGCUACGACUUGGAAAGAGCGAUUUGUGGAAUUGGAAAACAGCCUCCGUGAAGCCCUUGGCGACCUCAACGGCACACGCUCAAGCUUACUUUCUUCAAUAACUAAGCUGCAGCAGGAGUUAGAUUCAACCGCUCUGGAGCUGGAGAGUACUCGCACCAAGCUCGAUGAGAAAGAAUCCCUGCUCCGCAACCGCGAUGCCCUCCUCGAGAGCCAUGGUUUGGAGACUCGCAAACUAGCAGAUCUCUUGGAGAGGGAGCGUCAAGCGCACCGGGCAGAUAAACAUUCAUUCGAACAGUCACUCAAAUCCCACCACCAAGCGUCCCGGACAAUCUCACAGAAUAACUCGCGGAUCUCGGACUUGGAGUCUGCACGAAGUCAGGACCGGAAGCGUUUCAGUACCCUCGAACAACAGUAUAAGGACCAAUUAAGUGAGCGCAAUGCAAUGUUCCUCACUAUUUGGAAACGACUCUCUGCCAUGUGCGGACCUGACUGGGCCCACUCGAACAGUCUAAUCAACGGAAACCUGCCCAGCCAGGAAGUUAUCGGGAAUAUGCUUUUCUGGCCAGGUUUUAGCCGAAAUCUCCUGCUCGCGGUAAAGACGGUUGAAACCCACAUUGGCGGCUUCAAGGCGCGCAUUAAGUCUGUGGAGCGGGACCUGACAAAGGAGUAUCAGAAUCUCGAACAUAAUCUGAACGUCCGCGUUAAGAAACUGGAGCGGAUGGAGGAAUUGGUUCAAAGUUUGAGAUCCAGCCAACAGCAUCACCGUUCAACCUCUUCAAACCCUUCCAGCCCCGAAAUAUCCAAACUCAGGGGCGAGAACAGGUUGUUAAAGGCCGAGCUGAAUCUUCUCCAAUCUCAUUCACGGGCUCGUGCGGCUAAUGCCGCAGCCGCGGGAGGUGGAAACGGCCACGGCUCGUCACGACAGUCUGCAUCUAACCUCGCCGCCAACACCUUAUCACGAUACAGCUCCACGACUGCAGUUGACAACGCGUCUAUAGCUGGAAUACACGGCCACGGACCACAACCCAGCCGAAGUCCCAGUACCCUCUCCCGCGGUUCCUCUGGCAUCCCUCAACCAUCCCAGUACUCCUCUUCUUCAACACUCACGAACAAUCCCGUCGCACCCGCUGGAACAUCAUCUUCCACACAGGUCGCCCAGCAACAGUCACAAUACCAUCACGUCACUUCUCCACGCCAUUCGCACUCCAGCAGCGAACCCUCACAGGAGAAAUGGAUAAAAAGAUUGCAGGAGCUCGAGCGCCGCCUCACGGCAGAACGCGAAGCGCGUUUACUUGACCGUUCCGGUGCGCGUAAGCGGCUGGAAGAGCAGAAUGCGCGCAAUGAGGAGCUUGCAGCUGAGUUGGCUAGGCAAAGGAUGAGGCAGCAGUACCGGGGUGCUAUUUCCAAUACCCCUCAUAACCGAAGUAGCAGCAACAAUGGUUCAGGAGGAGGCGGGACUGGGGAUGGAAGCGGAAACGGCCCCACGGCUCCCAGCCGCCAUCUCUCCGCGCCAGCAGCCGCCGUCGUGGAUGAUGCGGAACGCUCCCGAGCUAGCAGGGCGACUGUCAGCCCCUAUCAUCAACGUCGUCACCGCGAUAACGGUGAUGAUACUGAUCGCGAGGGCGAAGAAGGUAGCGGAGACCCUGAUGAGGGCGAGAUGGUCAUCAUCGACCACCGCGGUAGUGAUGGAAGUGGCGGAUAUCAGCAGCGGCAUGAUAGCCGGCCGUAUGGUCGCAGCCAAAAGGGGCAUAGGCAUUCAAGCGCCGCCACAGGUACGAGUCGCGAGCAGUCACAUUCGUCGCGCGGUCAUCGACAGCAGCGACAUUCGCACCAUGGAACUGGAACGGCUGCGGAGACGGAUGAGUAUGAUGGGGGGGAUGAUUAUGAGGACGAUUACGACGAUGAGGAAGAUGGAAAUGGGUCGGGGACGGAUGAUGGGGAGGGUGGUGGAUUGACCGUUGAGGUCGAGGUUUAG